GGGACAGAGGGACAAGGGGUGAGAGAGAGUUGCAGUUUGAAAGUGAGAGCAAGAACAGGACAGGCUGCAAAUACACAGAGGGACGUGCAUUGACUGAACACUGAGAAACAGCAUUGAUGGUUAAUUGUAAGAUGUACUGUAGGUAGGAUAAGAGAGAGAAAUAGUGCAAAAGAGACUUAUUGGAGAGUAAAAGUUACAAGAGGCAUCAAAUUGCAAGAAAGUAGGAGGAACGGAAUAAAGAGAGAUGGGAACAGCGUUUAACUAAGAGUAAACUUAGCAAGAGACUGACACACAUAGUGACCCAGGGAAAUGGUGACAGAUAGACACAGUGACAGUCACACACAGUGACACAAACAAAAAUAGAGACUCUGUAUCUCGCAAAGCCAAGGAUACACAGCAGUUGGCGUGUGAUGAGAAAGUGACAUAAGAGGACACUCUUCAAAAAGAAUAAGCUACUGCCUUGCCAAAGAUUGUAAAACUGACUGCCCUGGUGAAUCGAGAAGCCCAGGUGUUUACGGAGAAAAGGAGACCCCUAAGGGAUAACGUACUCCCCACAAGUGUUCAAGCAAAGAAGCGGCAAAAGGAAUUUUGGUAAAAAAAAGACACUGAUUAGAGCGUGGCGUGGAGUAGCGAGACCCCUCUGGAGAGUCAAAAGUUGAAAAGACCCCCUUCAAGUGUAAACGGAAACAGAAAGACGCCUGGAGUCUACUGACGAGGAGAAAGACCCCCAAGGACUGUACCAGCGACUACGAAGUUAACGGAGCCCCUCACCCCAGCCUGUCCCUGGUGUCCCCCAAUUCUCACACGUAACUGGCAUGAUGAAGGGGGGAUACUGUAGCCUCAUGAUUUUGGUCUGUCUUCUCCAAUGGUUAGGAGGGCAUCUUUGGUCAGUCGGUGCCAAAGGGACAUAUUACCCUCCACCACCCGCUGGCAGAUUCAUUCACAGUUUAUACACCUCUAAUUCUCAUCCUCAACCACAAGGCAAACCCAUUGGCAAGCACAGGAAUUACUGCAUGUACGUUGUGGAGAAGAACAUAACGUGCACUAUGCAGGAUGGGACGGAGCCGUACAUCAAGGCUGAGUAUCUGAAAUGCAGCUGGGGACCCAAGUGUCCGGGGACCGUCGUGUACAGAACAUUAUUCAGACCCAAGUACAAGAUUGGGUACAAGGUGGUGACUGAAAUGCAGUGGCGUUGCUGUGCAGGACAUUCUGGGGAUUCGUGCCAAGAUGGAUUCCCACCUCAAUCUGGCUUCAUGCCCCCUUACAUGGGUCCCAAAGCUGCCCCAAACCAGCGACUCUUCCCUCCUCCCAAGAGCCCACCACAGUAUUCCAAACCGCAGGCAGAGACGUUUCCCGAUGUUCCAACACAAACCAAGAAAUCUGGCUAUGGUCGAAAGUUGUCUCCCGUUUUUGGAGAACGUCUGGAACGAGUGGAAGAAGAGGUCCGUAGACUUUCUCAGUCCUAUGAUAGCAUACAGGGAGUGGUGAACAGCCUAGGGGAUUCACUUCGUCUCACCAUCCAGGAGGACACAAGCAAGAUGAUUGGUUCCCUAGUGAGUGGACCAAGUUCCUCAUCACAUUCUUCAGUUGGAUUCGGGGUAAUCUCUGAUACUCUAGCUGAAGCCCCACACGUAACUGGGGACCUAUCAGGUCGAGUGGCUGAGGUCAGUGAAAUUCUACGUUCCAAAACAGAGUUGCUGGAGGAGGUGAAUGGUAUGGUGAUGGGACAUGAAGCACAGCUACAACACCUACUGGAGGCUGCAAGGCCUUCUCCACUCACUUCUACUGAACUGCUGGAGCAAUAUCUAGAGGGCAAGUUGGCAGAGUCCCGUGCACAGCUUCUGGAUGGACUGGAAGCACGUUUGCAGAAGAUCCAAGGUGCUUGUGAUGUCAAGGUUGAAGCAGCAAAAAAAGAAUGCCAGGAUGGAGAUUAUGCAUCGGGGCAGAAAAUGCAGCAGGAAAUGGAUGGGCGUGAAGUAAAGAUGAGAGAGGAAAUGUCUGAAUUAAAUGCCAGAGUGCAGGGGCUUAGUGCUCCUGAGGGCUGCUGUGGACGUUUGGAUGAUCUAAGCAGACGGGUGGAUGAACUAGAGCGUGGAAUGCGUCAGCUAACAGAAGAGCAUCAUGCUUUGAGCCAGAGGUUUGAUAUGGAGUUGACAAGGCUUGUGAUGGAGCCUCAAAUUAGUGUAAGAUUGGAGGAAGUGGAAGGAAGGCUCAAUCUCACUGAGGAAGGUAUUAUGAGGUGCUGUCAAGAGGGAGGAGAGAAAAGUGAGAUACUUACAGAAUUGGAUGGAGUAAGAGUCUCUGUGGAUGACAAACUGAGAAUCUUGGAAGAGAGACUUCUCACUGCUGUGGGAGAACUAAGCAAUGCUUCUACACCAUUCUCUGUGGAUGGAGCUGUAAUGCCACUACUUGAAGCCCAGCUUAUAGGUUUAAAGAAGGAAGGUAUGGAAGGCUUAGCAGGUUUAGAAAACAGGAUUACUGCAGUUGAGGACCUUUGUGCUGCUGGAUGUUCAAUACCUAAUGGAGAUUCCCUGCUGGAGAUCCACAGUGAUCUUGCAAAGUGUCAAGAGCAGAAUCGGGAUCUCCGAUCUCAAAUGGGUCACCUCAAUAACACUAUUGUGGGCAUCAAAAGGCAGCUACAAAGACAGCAGGAAGAAGCCUUGCAAGGUGAGAUCACACUAUUACAGGUCAACCUGCGGAAUGUAGGACGUUCUCUGCAUGGCCUUGAGGAGACUGUUACUAGGUAUGCAGAUACUGUCAUCCAGGUUAACUCCAGUGCAGAGGAACGAGGGAGCAGGCUAAAUGAGGAAAUUCAUGUAAUUCAUAAUCAAGUGGAAGGGCAGAGCUCCCAAAUCCGUUCCGGCAGGGCACAAUUGCUUGGACUGCGAGGAGACAUGGAAAGGAUGAAGGCACGGCUUGCAGGGCAGUUGGGCAGCUGUCAGCACGUAGCUCGGGAACUGCAAGGGGAAGUAGCCCAAUUUGAACGAAGAGUUUCACAGGUGGAGAGCACUUGUGGAGGACAGGAGGAAACUUUGUUUAGUUAUCUGGACCAUGUCAAUAGUACUCUGGCAGCCCAUGAGCAUGGUCUAAUAGCGCUUAGACAUGACCUGGGUAAAAUCACUCAAGAGGUAUCAAACUUCCAGCCAUCGCCAAGCACUCAAUCCACCUCUGGAAGGAAAUAGCACUUGAGGCUGAAGGAAGUAAAAGCUGUAAUAACUGAGAAAGCUUCAGGAACCAGUGCCUUUUAAGGUGGAGAUAAACUUUGAAAUACAUAAGGCCCAGAGGGCACGCAAGAGAUAUCCAAUGUAUAAUGGGCAUUGAUCCUUUGGUUCUGGGGCAGCUAUGUGACUAUUCCAUACCCUGCGUAAAGGCCUGUGGAUGUGUCAAAGACAGUGGGAGUGCAGGGAGACAUUUGGUGCUUGGGCAUUAUUAACCUACCAGGGAGAUCUGACUUGAUUUUUUGAAAAGCAAUGCUACAUUUAAUACACGUGAGACUUUGCAGGCGAUUGUAUACCGUCUCAUCAUGGCGUCAUGUAGUGUUUUAAACCUACAGCUACCCCUCAGUCCAUAGCGCUGUUGCAAAUCAGUGAUGUUUGGACUCAGCCAGCCUUGGGCUUUUAUUUAAACAAGAUCAAAAAAAAUUCCAAGUUGCCAUUCCACGUCUAUCUGCCGCAGAGGGAUGAGAACAAAAUUUUGCAGUAACAGUAUUAUUUAUUGGCAUAACCUUGAUUUUUUUUUUUUUUU